AUGGGAAUCAAAAUCGUCAAUUUCAGCAUAUUGAUAGAGUGGAUGGAUAUAAGGAACCCUGCUCAACAUAUUGAUAGAGUGGUGCAAUCAUCGGAAGAUGUGAGAAAAAAUCGGUUGAGACUUACAACCACAAUAGAGGUUAUUAGGUAUCUUGCAAAUCAAGGGAUGGCUUUUAGAGGUGAUGAUGAAUCUUAUGACAUUGUAAGCAAAUCUCAAGACAUUGUAAACUAUGGGAUUUACAGAUUUUCUUUGUCAAGCACUUCAAAGCAAAUCUCAAGACAUUAUUUUCAGUUGGUGGAGUUAAAUACUAGAUUUCCAGAGCAAACAAUGGAACUUCUUUAUCUGACCUCAGCAUUGGAUCCUUAUAAUUUUUUCAAGCGAUUUAACAUUGAUGAUAUAUGUAAUCUUGCUGAGAAGUUUUAUCCUGAAGAUUUUACUGCAACUGAGUUGCAGGCUUUAAAUCAACAAUUGGGAUUUUAUAAGAUUGAUAUGGAUUACUUCCAACCUUCAAGAAUCUCGAUUCCAUUCCUUAAUUGUUGA